CCUCAUCCCUUAAUACAUAUGUAGGCACACCAGGAUCUGUUGUGGCUUACCAACAACUGGCCAUGAUUAGCAUAACACCUGUGUCAUUAUUAUUCCGUUUGAGGGGAAUGUUAGUACUAAUCAGUCUCGUCUUCAUUAAAUUUCCAGCGUGUCCCUCCUCGCCCAUCAGAAUUUAUUUGUACACCGCAUAUGCAUACAUACGUGCCGCUUAUUGAUCGUAUCUCGAUUUAGGAUCAUCUUUUAUAAUUAUUCCCAUCCAGCAGUGAUAUUGGGAAAAUUAUAAGAUACGUUUGGCAAAGUACCGCUUCUCGACAGUUUUUUUAUUGUCAGUCAUUCGUAUGGAUUAUGACACAUUGGUUAGUUGAAUUAAAUGCUGUUCUAAACGCUGCCUGUUUGGAUAAUGUCAUGCCCAACUUAAUACGACAAUACAUACGAUGCAACCCAUAAAGCUACAUUAUGUACAUCGAGUCCAGAUGUCAUUUGAACGUCGUUACACUUCUCCAGUAUAACUUAUGUAGGUAUUGCAUAUGAGAUGAAUAUUUAUCGCGUAGUUGUCCUAUUGCUACAAACCUGGUUAAUAUAGUCAACGGCUAAAAAUAUUUAACACCAGGGCACAGAGAAUACAAACUUUAAAGUAACCGGAUGCUUCCAUGGCGGACGGAUCUCACGGACUUGGUCGCAGUGGUGUAGGAGUGGUAGAAAACAACUCAGAAGAAAUAGUACCUACGACUAGUCAGACCAAGAUCAGGGUCACUGCAAUAGGAGGAGAACAUGGGAGAAAUCCGAGAAACAUAAUAAAAUUGUACCAAGCUGCACCAGCUAUUCUUCAAGACCAACAAUGUGAAGAUAGAACCGAGACAAAGGAGACAGAUGCAAAAUUAUAUUCUGCUGAUCAUGAAGAAGGUGGAAUACAAGUCAAAGUAAUUACAGAACAACCAAACAAAGAAAUUCAUCAAAGUGAAUCCGAUCAAAUUGAAGCCGACAAAGUUCCAGAAAUUACUCUGCAAUUUUUAAACCCUGUUGACAAUAAUAAAUCUGCGAAUGAAGAAUACACCACUCCUGCAUCCUCUGGACUGGUCCUAAAAUUUUCUGAGAACGAACAAAAUGAGAAUACCGAGUCUCAUGAAUUUGCACAAACGAUGCCUCUAAACUUGGACAUGCAUGUUCAUAUCAUGCAAGAUUCUGGUGGUGAAAGUUUUGUCGAGAAACAUAAUGAAUCUCUUAUUUACAACAACAACCCUGAAGAAGGACUCAUUAGUAAUGAUAAAUCUGCAAAUGAUCAAUGCUUCACUAUUCGAGGUCUUGGAGAAGAGUUCCUCUAUUUGCCACCGGCUAACCAAAAUAGUGACCACCAUCAACUUCAACAUCAUCAUCAUCAUAAUCAUCAUCCCUCGUCAAUAACUUUUCACCAACUGCCCCCACAAAUGCGACAAGGAGAACAUCAUCAUCGACUAACGGAACUGGGAGUGACGCCGGCAGAAAUGUACUAUGACGGGCUAGGCUAUGGGUCCAUUCCUAUUGAGAGGGUGCCAAACCCCCGACACUGGAGAGAAAGUCCGACCAACUCUCUCGCUCAGUCGGAGAAAGAUUUCUCUUGUGGUUUUACAGAUUAUAAGAAAUCGGCUUGUGACAGGGAGCGUACAAGAAUGAGGGACAUGAAUAGAGCUUUCGACAGCUUGCGAGCACGCCUACCAUAUGCAAAACCACCGGGGAAGAAAUUAUCAAAGAUUGAAUCUCUCAAAUUUGCAAUUCGACACAUCCGAUAUUUGCAAAGUCUGUUGGAGAGUCCGAGUCCUCCAAACUUUGACCCUCACGUUAUGGGAGGUCCGCUUGGACAUCCAGGAGGAGGCUAUUACUUUUCUGGGGGACGACAGUAUCAAAUACCAAGUCCUCGAAUGGGAAUGUUUCAUCAGCAACAAAUUCCAGUCCAGUACUGUCCAUUUCCAAAUUCCUACUUUUGUGCAACCCCUCCAACUACCGGAAUGCAGCAAGGACAGUUUCCUGGAGUUCAGCAACACCAACACCAAAUAGUAGAGUCAAGCCAAGGAUUGCCACCAGGAAUAGGAGGAAGUACUGGAGAAUUACCUGCUUUUGCCACCACUUAUUCCACCGUUGCUAAUGUGGCGUCCCCGUACGGGUCUCCUCAAUUGAAACUGACUGAGGAUGGCGAAAUUUCUCAGGGCGAACCAUCUAUGGAAGCCCCCACAUAUUUUAAUCUCAACAAUCCUUAAUAUCCUUAUGUAUGUGUACUAUACUAACACAAGUUACGAAACAUGUAUUCACUAUUUCAUAGAUACAUAUUUACUAGUCAGUCAUUGUAUUAAUUAUGUAAGAUUGCGUCACAUCUCAGUACAUUCAUUCUGUUCUAGUCGGUUCAUAAAUACCUGAUAUGAAAUAUAUUCGUACGCUAUGAUUUUAA